AUGAGAUCCUUCUUCAAUCUAGUCUUGUUUUUCAUUUACUUGUUCUUUGUUAUCUCGUUCUUUCAUUUGCAUGUCACCCAUUCUUCUUCUUCUUUAGUGCAGCGGUUGUGCCACAACGAUGAAAGCUAUGCCUUGUUGCAGUUCAAGGAUAGCUUUAUCAUUGACAGGUCUGCUUCUGAUGAAUCUUCUGCUUAUCCAAAAGUGUCUUCAUGGAGGCUCGGAGGAGAAAAUGGUGAUUGUUGUUCAUGGGAUGGCAUCGAGUGUGAUGAAAAUACUGGUCAUGUAAUUGGCCUAAAACUCAACAGCAGUUGUCUUUUUGGCUCUUUCAACUCUAAUAGCACUCUUUUCCUCCUUUCCCACCUUCAAAAACUUGAUCUGUCUGAUAAUCAUUUUAAUAGCUCUGAAAUCCCAUCAGGUUUUGGACACCUUACAGAGUUGACAUAUCUUGAUCUCUCACAUUCUGGGGAAUUCCCAGAAAGAAUUUUCCAUUUCCCAAAUCUCACAAGACUUAAGCUAGCCUGGAACAAGGAUCUGAGAGGUAAGCUUCCUGAAUUUCAUUUCUGCAGUCCUCUUAAGGGAUUCAUUCCAUCUUCACUUGAAAACCUUACCCAGCUCAAGUAUUUAGACCUUUCAAACAACAACUUCACUGCCCGAACUCUUUCUUCCUUGCCUGUGGUUGGAAAGCUUACCAAACUCACUGUCUUAGAGCUUAAAGCAAUCAAUUUGUAUGGUGAAAUUCCAUCUGAACUAUUCAAACUCACCCAGUUGCAAACAUUGGACCUUUCUUCCAAUAAGUUGGACGGCCUUAUUCCAAGCUCAAUCUCUAAACUCAAGAAUAUUGAAUAUCUCGGCUUCUAUGGCAAUAACUUGAGUGGUCCAAUGGAGCUAGAAAUGUUUUUAAUGCUAAAAAAGUUGAAGAGAUUACUGUUAUCAUAUAACAAUUUAACAGUACUCACUUCGAAUAUCAGUAGUAAUGCUUCUCUUGAAUUGCUGGGAUUGGCUUCAUGCAACUUAGAUAAGUUCCCAGAUUUCCUAAAAAACCAAGAAAGUUUGGAGUGGCUAGACCUGUCUCACAACCAUAUCAGUGGUCAAAUACCUCAAUGGUUGUGGAAUACAAGUGUAAACACUCUCGACUAUCUCAACCUUUCUUUUAAUUCCUUAACAGGCUUUGAUCGGCAUUCAGUUGUUCUUCCAUGGGAACACCUACGCACGUUAGACCUAAGGUUUAACAUGCUCGAAGGAUCUCUCCCAAUUCCAGCAAAAUCUAUGUAUACUCUUUUUUAUUUGGCCUCCAACAACAAAUUCGUUGGCGAAAUUUCACCGUUGAUAUGUAGUCAAAGUUCGCUUCAAGUCCUUGAUCUAUCUAAUAACAAUCUGAGUGGAGUUCUUCCUCAAUGUUUAGGCAACUUAAGCGAUUCUUUGGUUGUUUUGAAUCUCAGAAACAACUCCUUUCAUGGCCACAUUCCUCAAACAUUUACAGAUGAAUGCCAGUUGAAGUCGAUUGAUAUUGGUCAUAAUCAAUUACACGGGCAAGUGGCAAGAUCAUUGGCCAAUUGUAAAAUGCUCGAGUUUCUUGAUUUUGAGAACAACCAUAUGUACGAGAUUUUCCCAUCUUGGUUAGGAAAUCUUCCAGAGUUAAGAGUUCUCAGUCUAAGCUCGAACAAAUUUCAUGGUGAAAUAGGAGAUCCUGCGUUUGGAUUUGAGUUUCCCAACAUUCAUGUCAUUGAUCUCUCCCACAAUAGUUUUCAAGGUAGGCUACCAUAUGAGUACUUCCAAUCCUGGAAAGCAUUAAAAGUCAUUGAUGUUGACCAGCAGGCAGCAUAUAUGCAAGAAAGCAUGGUUCGCAUUGCCUACUCCUUUGGCAUGUAUGAUGACGCCAACUAUCACUAUUCAUUGACAAUAAAUAACAAAGGAAUUGAAAGGAUGUACUCAGAGAUUUCAAAAGCCUUGAAAGCCAUUGAUUUUUCAUACAAUAACUUUGAAGGAGAGAUUCCAACAUCCAUUGGCAACUUAAAGGGGCUGCAUUUGCUCGAUUUUUCAAACAACAAUCUCUCGGGUCAGAUUCCAUCAUCCUUGAAGGAAUUGAAGAAUCUUGAAUCAUUGGAAUUGUCAUAUAACAAAUUUUCGGGACAUAUUCCUCAAGAACUAAAACAGCUCAACUUUCUGGAAUUCUUCAAUGUCUCUCAUAACCAUCUUAUAGGACCUAUACCACAAGGGGUGCAGUUUGAUACAUUUCAGAAUGAUUCGUACAAGGGAAACGUGGGUUUGUGUGGACCUCCUCUCUCAAAGCCUUGUGGUAAUACGAAGACCUCCUCAAAAGCACCUUCAACUACCGUUGGAAAGGAUCAAAAUGUGAGGUCUCAAGAUGGAUUUGUAUGGAAGAUUAUAGUUACAAUGGGAUUCGGCAGUGGGUUAGUAGUUGGAGUUAUCAUUGAAUGCAACAAGAUAUUCAUCAAAAAUUGGUUUGUGAAGACUUUCAGGAGGCAACAUUUUAGAAAAGGGGUUUGCAAAGGAAGGAAAUAA